GCGGUGUAUCUGGGCCAUCGAUAAUCUAAUCCCAUGUGACCAAAAGCAGAAAGUUGGGAGUAGUGGAUUCCUUUCAGACAAAGUGAAUCAAUUCUAAUGCAAGUGAAGCAGCACGUGUGUAUUGCAAUAAAAAUACUUUAAAGGGUAGAUUCGUAAGGCAGAGCCUCCCCUGUAGAAUCUCUCUCACACACACCUACCAUGGAUGAUGCAGCAGCAGCGAGGGGAGAGAAGCUUUCAUCUGGGAAUGUAAAUCAUCUCAUUGAUUCUGUUGAUUGUUUUCUCUUCGACUGUGAUGGUGUGAUAUGGAAAGGCGACACCCUGAUUGAUGGUUCGAAAGAGGCAUUGGACAUGCUUCGAUCCAAAGGAAAGAAGCUAGUAUUUGUUACUAAUAACUCCAGAAGGUCAAGAAGCCAAUAUGCCAAAAAGUUCCUUUCUCUUGGAAUUCCUGUCACUCAGGACGAGAUAUUUUCUUCAUCGUUUGCUGCUGCUAUGUACUUGAAACUAAUUGACUUUCCUCCAGCCAAAAAGGUUUAUGUAAUUGGUGAAGAGGGCAUAUUGGAAGAGUUGAAGCUUGCUGGUUUCACUGGCAUUGGUGGCCCUGAAGAUGGGAAGAAAACAGCAGAGUUUAAAGCAAAUUCUCUCUUCGAGCAUGAUAAGAGUGUCGGAGCUGUUGUUGUUGGAUUAGACCAGUAUAUUAAUUAUUACAAGCUUCAGUAUGGCACUCUUUGCAUACGUGAGAAUCCAGGAUGCCUAUUUAUUGCUACUAACCGUGAUGCUGUGGGCCAUAUGACUGAUCUACAAGAAUGGCCAGGUGCUGGAUGUAUGGUUGCUGCAAUAUGUGGGGCGACUGAAAAGGAACCAGUUGUAGUUGGGAAACCAGCAACCUUUAUGAUGGACUUUUUGCUAGAAAAGUUUAAGAUUUCGACCUCAAGGAUGUGUAUGGUGGGUGACAGAUUGGAUACUGAUAUUCUAUUUGGACAAAAUGCAGGAUGCAAAACUCUUCUGGUUUUUUCAGGUGUGACAACUCCAUCAGCCUUUCACGACCCAUCAAAUCAUACUCAUCCAGAUUAUUAUACAGACAAGCUGUUUGACAUUGUUAGUUUGAUGUAAACCCCACAAGCAAUUACGAAUUAUUUUUAUAUUCAGAUUGGCUUCAGCAUUUUGCUGCAAAUGUAUUUAUUGCGCAUACAAUUAAAUGACGCAUAAAUGUUUACAAUUCGGAUGGACAACUUCCUGAAUAAAUGUUGUCAAAAAAGGCCUCUGGUUAGAAUCUUUUAGAUUA